AUGUGGAGGGGUAUCGGCUACGGCGGCCUACACAGUCACAGCUCCUACCCGGCGGAUCGUGGCCUCGGCCAUAUCAACUACCAGCCCAAAGUCCGCGUCAUCGAGCGGUACAAGGUCGUAGGCUUUAUUAGUUCCGGAACCUAUGGCCGCGUCUACAAAGCCCUCGGCCGCCAAGGCCAGACGGGCGAGUUCGCCAUCAAAAAGUUCAAGCCCGACAAGGAGGGUGAGCAGAUCUCGUACACGGGCAUCUCGCAGUCGGCCAUCCGCGAAAUGUCCCUGUGUAGCGAGCUGAAGCACGCCAACGUCAUCAAGCUCGUCGAGAUCAUUCUCGAGGACAAGUGCAUCUUCAUGGUCUUCGAGUACGCCGAGCACGACCUGCUGCAGAUCAUCCACCAUCACACGCAGAACCCGCGCCACCCGAUCCCGCCGCAAACAGUCAAGAGCAUCAUGUUCCAGCUUCUCAACGGGUGCCAGUACCUCCACGCCAACUGGGUUUUGCACCGCGAUCUGAAGCCCGCCAACAUCAUGGUCACCUCGGCCGGCGAGGUCAAGAUUGGCGACCUGGGACUCGCGCGUCGCUUCGACAAGCCGCUGCAUUCCCUUUUCAGCGGCGACAAAGUCGUUGUGACCAUCUGGUACCGCGCGCCGGAGCUCAUCCUGGGCAGCCGUCAUUAUACACCCGCCAUCGACAUGUGGGCCAUCGGCUGCAUCUUUGCCGAGCUGCUGUCCCUGCGGCCCAUCUUCAAGGGCGAGGAGGCGAAGAUGGAUAGUAAGAAGACGGUCCCCUUCCAACGGAACCAGAUGCAGAAGAUUGUCGAUAUCAUGGGCCUCCCAUCCAAGGAGCGGUGGCCGCUGCUGACGUCCAUGCCCGAGUACCCUCAGCUGUCGACCCUGCAGCCGCCCAUGACACCGCACCACCAUGGGCACCAUGGACACCAUCGCGGGCACGGGUACGGCCACCAUCCGCCCGCGCCGAGCGGGUCGAACCUAGAGAAGUGGUAUUACAGCACCAUCUCGCAGGGAGCCUCGAGCAGCGCGACGUCGGCGUCGCAGGGCAACGGGGCACCGCUCGCGAGCCUGGGGGCCGAGGGGUACAAGCUUCUGGCGAGCCUGCUGGAGUACGACCCCGUGGAGCGGCUGACGGCGGCCAAGGCGUUGCAACACCCCUUCUUCUCGACGGGUGACCGGCUGAACGCGCACUGCUUCGAGGGGCUGAAGAACGAGUACCCGCACCGGAGGGUGAGCCAGGACGACAAUGAUAUCCGGACGAGCAGUCUGCCCGGGACCAAGCGAAGCGGGCUGCCGGACGAUUCGCUGGCUAGGCCAGCGAAGAAGUUGAGGGAGGUCUAA